UUCUCUUUCUGUCUUUAGGAUUGUUUUCUACUACUGAAGAUCAACUGAAUAGCGUCACCAGAACUUGAACACAAUGGAGAACAACACAACUCUCUUUCAGGAUGUUUCCAGGGUUGUCAACCUGACAGAAAUGCCUCUAAACCCUCCUGAGGAGCAGGUCAUAACAAUAUUUUUGACACUCCUCAUCUGUGUAGUUGGGAUUGCAGGGAACAUCAUGGUGGUGCUUGUUGUCCUGCGCACUAAACACAUGGUGACCCCGACUAACUGUUACCUCGUCAGCCUGGCUGUAGCAGACCUCAUCGUGCUCCUGGCUGCAGGGCUGCCUAACAUCUCUGAUGUUGUAGCUUUCUGGAUAUACGGAUACACAGGAUGCUUGUGUAUAACUUACCUUCAGUACCUGGGCAUCAACGUGUCGUCCUGUUCCAUCACGGCCUUCACUAUUGAGCGAUACAUUGCUAUCUGUCACUCCAUAAAGGCGCAGUUCAUAUGCACUGUUUCCAGAGCCAAGAGGAUCAUAGCGGCAGUCUGGAUCUUCACCUCACUCUACUGCAUUAUGUGGUUCUUCUUGGUGGACACAGAUGAAACAGUCUAUGCCAAUGGAGUGGUGGUGACUUGUGGCUACCGCGUCUCCAGGAGCUUCUACAUGCCGAUCUAUUUCCUGGAUUUCACUUUGUUCUAUGUGAUCCCGCUCACUGUGGCCACUGUGCUGUACGGACUCAUCGCCAGGAUUCUGUUCAUGAGUCCACUCCCCUCGCAUCUGAGCGACCGAGGUGGAGGAGGGUCAGUUCACCAGGGUCACUCCAACAGCACCAACAAGACCAACAGGGGCGCAGUCUCAGCAAGGAAACAGAUAACAAAGAUGCUAGCCGUAGUAGUCGUCCUCUUCGCCCUUCUCUGGAUGCCUUACCGAACACUGGUGGUGGUCAACUCCUUCAUCGACCCGCCUUACCACAACACCUGGUUCCUGCUCUUCUGCCGCAUGUGCAUCUACACCAACAGUGCCAUCAACCCCAUCAUUUACAAUCUCAUGUCUCAGAAGUUUCGUGUCGCCUUCAAGAAGCUCUGCAAGUGCAACUGGCGAAAGAAAAAGGAGAAGGCUGCAGAGUACAACAUGCCGAUUUAUUACAGCGUGAUGAAGGAUUCUUCCCAUGAGAGCAACGAUCAGGUCACAGAGCAGGAGGACAUCAGCAGCCAAACCACCAAGAGGUUCAAUGAAACUGAUGACGACGCAAGCACUUACAGCAUUUCUUAAAGAUUUUGAUGAGUUUGAUGGUUUCAUUAGGACAGACUGUGUGUUUAUGAUAAAUUAUUUCUCAAGAAUUCUCAUAUUAUCUUCUUUCACUGGUGUAACCUGAGGCUGAGACAUGUAGAUAUUUUUGUGCUAUGCUGUGACACAUGUUGUGUUGUAGCUUUGUAGUUGUGUUACUUUUGUAUCAGUGGUGUAGCUGUGUUGCAAAUAUUGCAAGACCAGUGCUGUAGCCCGGGGAGCUUGAUGUGCUGCAACCUCAGAAAUGAACACAGAAAAUCAUAUGCAGUUUGGCUUCCCCUGUAAAGAGUAAUUGUUUCAGUGUGUGCGUUAUGCUGCUGUAUUGGGUUGUGUUUUGUCACUUUACAGUGACCUACUCAAAAUAUUGGUCUAAUUUGUCUCUUGAAAAGAAGUAAACUUGUGAUUUCAUGUGCUCAGCUCUUCCCUUUGAAAAACACAUUAUACUUUUGACACAUCUCAUUAAACUCUAUU